AUGUUGGGCCAGAACAUCUGGAGGUUCACAACCUCUGCGGUCUGUAGGUGCCACUAUGAGGAAGGCCCUGGGAAGAAUUUGCCAUUUGCAGUUCAAAACAAGUGGCCGUUACUAGCCAUGAUGAAUUUAUACUUUGGAUCUGGAUUUGCUACAGCCUUGUUUAUAGUAAGACACCAACUACUUAAAAAACAAGGAUGUUUCAGCUCAUCCAUUUAA